UGAAAUUUGUUACAGACCAAUUAAAGUUGGAUUUGAAACAACUGUAUCUAUGGACAGAUUCACAGUGCGCUUUACACUGGAUAAAGUCUACAAAGGUAUUGCCUGUUUUCAUUCAAAACAGAGUGAAAGAGAUAAUCAAACCACAACAUCAACUUUAAACAUGUUUCGGGAGGUGAAUAUCCUGCAGAUACUGCCUCAAGGAAUUCUUACUUAAAGGAAGUCAGUAAUUGUGAAUUGUGGUGGCAUGGCCCACAAUGGUUACUACAGGCUCCGAACACAUGAGCAGAUCACGAUCAUAAUACAAGUGGAAACUGCCCACAAGACGAACAGGAAGCACAUGAUACAGAAAAUAUGGUGCUACAAGUUUCUGAUGGAGACAUGAAUGAUACAAAUCGUGUGCCAUUUGAAAUAAACAUUGAGAAGUAUUCCUCAUUAACAAAGUUACUUCGAGUUUCAGCCCUUAUACUCAGAUUCGUUAAGAAAAUACGACAACAAUCCUGUGAGAAUGGGUACUUAAAAUCCUCCGAAUUUAAGGAUGUAGAGCGAAAAAAAAUGGUUUUUACAUGUUCAGAACAAAUACUUUGAAAGUGAAUUAGACGCAGUUUCAAAUGGCAAAAGAAACAACCUGCAAGAACAGUUAGGCCUUUACAUAGAUGAAAAUGGAUUAUUGAGAUGCCAAGGGAGAUUAGAAAAUGUCGGAUUGUGUGAAAACGCUAGACAUCCUAUCUUGUUACACAAAAGGGAUACGUUUACACAUCUUGUAAUAGAGAAAAUGCACAAGGAAACACAGAGUGGUGUUUCACAGACCUUAGCUAGAGUAAUACAAAGAUUUUGGAUUCUACAUGGCCGAGCUGCUGUGAAGUAUGUCAUAAACAAGUGUACAAUUUGUCGCCGGUUUGAAGGUGCACCUUACGAGAUGCCACCGAUGCCUCCUCUACCAGAAUCACGAGUUACGUAAGCAAAACCCUUCAGACGCACAGGAUUAGAUUACUUAGGCCCACUCUUUGUGAAGAACAAAACACCUAAAAAAGUUUGGAUUUGUUUAUUUACCUUCCUAGUAAUUCGAGCAGUACAUUUAGCAGUUGUCCUAGAUAUGACCACUGAAGAGUUUUUAUUGUGUUUUAGACGGUUUGUGUCACAAAAAGGCACAUGAACACAGAUUAUUAGUGACAAUGGCUCCCAAUUUAAAGCUGCGAGCUCAACCGUAGAUAGGAUAUGGAGAAAACCGAUUGGCAGUGAAGAAGUACAAACAUAUUCUGUCAAACGCAAGAAUAACGAGGAUUUUCAUAGUUGAAUUAUCUCCCUGGAUGGGUGGUUUCUAUGAACGUCUCGUUGGUCUUGUGAAAAGAGUAUUUCGAAAAGCAUUAGGAAGACCUCUUCUGACACUUAUUCAGUUACAAACACUAGUUAAAGAAGCCGAAGCUGUUAUAAAUUCAAGACCACUGGUGUAUGUAGGCGAUGACGUCAACUCAAGCAUUACGAUAACGCCCAAUCACUUUUUAAUGUUAAACCCAACUAUUGGUAUACCAGAGUCAGAAAAAAAUGACAAAGAUACUGAUUUCAGGACAAAGGAAAGUACAAAAGAUCGGCUGCUUGAAAUAUGGAAAAAAGGUCAAAAACUACUUAAUAUGUUUUGGACCAUUUAGCGCAAUGACUACCUCUUAAGCCUCCGAGAGCGAACGCAAACGCGCUUAAAAACUGACGGACCACAAGAAGGUGAUAUAGUAUUAGUGAAAGAUGAUCUCCCCAGAGGAAGUUGGAAAUGUGGCAAAAUAGUAAAAUUGGUGCAGAGCAGUACAAUCAGAUACGUUCGGCAAAAAUCAAGAUGCCAUCUGGAAAAUUGCUUGGACGUCCAUUAUGCUUGCUUUAACCGAUUGAAACGUCAGCCUGUGUUAGUGAUACAGUUUCGCAACAUGUUGAUACGUCUAGUGUUAAAGUUAGUGAACCAAUGAAAGUUGUCCGUGUAACGCGGCGCGGCUGCGCAGGAUGCUAAGCGCGAAAUCCGUGAGCAACUAUCUCAAUAAUACAGCAGGUAUGUGUUACAGGAUUUGUUUAGUACAAAUUGGUACUGUACGGACUAUAAGAAAUUCUUGUUUUAGUGUAAAUGGAAUGUUUGAUAUAUAUUGUAACUAAUUGUGUUGAAUGAAAAUUUAUGUAUGCCUUUUCCUAUACACUUAUACACCGCCAUGUACUUUAAGAGAGGUGCAUAGUCAAGUAAAAUACUUAAACUCCUCGAGGUGCACGUGAAUGUUGUGUAUUGGCUGUGCAAAGUGAUCUAGUAAUGUUUAACCAUGAAAUGCACGUGAGUUUCGUGUAGCGGUGUAUACCUAUACGGUAGUGUAAACUUUUAUAAGUGAAUUGAUUUUGUAAAUUUGUCACACAGGAGUAAUCAUAAUGACAGUGUAUUGUGAUGCGUGUAACAAGAGUUACAGAAGUAUGAGAAGUUUAAAGCGCCACAUAAAAGAAAAACAUUCCGGAAUAGAAUAUUUUGCGUGUACAGAAUAUAAUUGUUCAUCACGUUUUAUAAGAAGUAGUUAUCUUAGUAAGAAUCUAAUUUUAAAACAUAUAUUCCAGUCAAGUAAAGCCACAGAAACAGCAAUUAAUGUUCCAAGAGGAGAUAAAGAGAAACAGCAUAGUGGUGCUUACUAUGAGGACAUAAGUGAGGACGAAAGCAUAUUUAGCCUUAUACAGGAAAUGGAAGGAAAUGAAGACAAUGCUAUGUCAGCCUAGAAUAUGUAGGUGCUAUAUCAAAUUUCGACAUUUCGUUACUUCAAGAGCCGGUCAACAAGGACGACGACACAAUCACGUACGAGAGUACGACGAGUAAAGAAAUAAAUGAGAAUGUCGUGGAUAGUGUAGGAAAUUAAUGUGAAAAUAAAAGUGUGAAUGAUGCAAGUGAUAGAAAUGAAGUAAAGUGUGGUGAAAAGGGAAAUUGUGUCGAAAAUGAAAAAGGUGUGCUUUCUAGCAUGUUACAAAAUGAUUUAGAAUUGGAGCUGGAUUAUAAUGAUGUUAGUGAUUGUGCUAAUGAUGACGUCAUGGGAUAUGUUGAUGACGUCACGAGUGCAUCUAUUUUGAAAUCAGCUGAUAAUAAUCAGGAUAAAAAUGAUGGCGUCAGUGAAAAAGAUAAUGACGUCAUGAAAAAUUAUGGUGACGUCACGAAUGAUGUUUAUUCAAAAUAUGACGAAAACAAUAACCAGACCAAUACGAUUUUCAUAUAUGAGGAUAUAAGCGAUACCCAAGUUGAUCGUUGGGAUGAAAUUAGUAAAGAACAAUCUAUUGUGCCUUCCAACCUGAUAACAAGAGUGCAAACAUUAACCCUAACUUUCAGCAAAAUAUCUACCUUUAGCAAUGAAAUAGAAAUAGAUUCAUAUAUUUCUGCUAGCCAUGAUUACUCAGAAGACUGGUGUUAAAUUUCUAUACCAUUAGAACGUUGUUAAAAGAAUAGCGAUAAACUGAAUUGAUAGUGAUACAUUAUAAACAGAAAUUUAUUUCAUGAUGAUGUUGAUAUUACGAUGAUUAUUUGACGUUUGCUGAUUUAUUUUGUAGUUAUUAAAACAUACAAAUUCUGGUAAAUAUGGAUUGUUUGCUACACAAAGUUGACGAAAAAAAAAGGAAAAAUAGAGGGACUGAAUAGGGGAACAAAAUGACCAAUUCGAAAUCGUCAAGGUGGCGAAAUGACCAAACACUGGGAGAAAAGUUGACUAGGGGACGAGCUGAUUGUAAUUCUAAUAUUUUAGUCCGUACAACCUAAUUGGCAGUCUGUCCGACUUUUGUCAAAAACCCCUAAUAAUUUUUUCACGAAUAUUUGUUGGUUGUAUCAGUGUGCAAGAACACUUACUCUACUUGCCUACUUUUGAAUUCUCUUUCAACUAUAACGCAAAAAGUACGGAAAACAGUGGAUCCCGGUCUCAUUGUUACUUACGAAACUAUAUCACCGAAAACAUAUUCGGAAGCUGUCACAGACUGACAUGCGGGACUCAAUGUAUCUGUAGUUUAAAGACCCUGAUUCUGGUAUGGAAGGUAUGUGGCCUAUGGUCUGCGUAUUGGCGGUAAGAGCCAAUAUACAAGACUGGACGAUUGAUAUAUUUGCUUCUGUUUAUCAUAUUAAGCUACAGUAUAGCUACUGUGUAGUACAUAGAUUGCAUGUGAUAUUUUUCACCUUUAUAGCAAACCAAUUCUCACUUUUAUAACGAGUUUAAAAUCCAGCAAUAUUCAAUAUUUCUGUUUUUGUUACAUAGAUAAAUAAUUAGUAAAUAAUUGAAAAAUGCUUGUCAUUUCUCUUAUUGAGCUUUAAAUAAUUUUUUCAUUAUUCAUUAAUUAAAGGUGUGUGUUUUUUUUAAAAAAAAUGGUGAGAAUUGUCUUGAUGCAAGAAUUAUAAUUUAAUUGGUCAGGACAUUACUCAACAAGAAUGGGCAAUAAAAAUUAGUAUAUUAUCAAUUCAAAAAAUGUUAUUCUAUUAAAUAUAUUGGAGGGUUUAUACUAUUUUUUUAUUUUCAAAUAAAUAUAAGAAGUAUGAAAACAGAUAAAAUGAGGUAACUCAUCAUCCUUAAAUAAAUUGAAAUGUGGGUAGAAGUGCGUGUCCGCAAUGCCCCCGUCUAACUCCCUCAACAGAAGGAAAAUAACAGUUAUCUUAAAUUCAUAUUGUUUACAAUUCUACGCAUAUAUAGAUCUAAGGCUAUCCAAAAUUUUGAAGUCAAAUGAUUAAUUCGAAAAAAACAACAACAAAUAUUGAGGCAAAAUAAGUUAUUAUAUACUGUAAUUUCAUUUUAAGAAUUGAACUGCACAUAACAUAUAUAUGAAUACUUUCUUAUCGACAUCGAUAUCGGUACAGAAUUCACCGUCCUGUUAUGCUUUUAAUACUGUUCAAUGCAUUUUUUAAAACUUUGAGUCAAUAGGGUGGUAACUUUUCAGUGACACUGAAUAUGCAUUCAAUUGCCCAUCUAAUGCAUCAGCUACUUUCGCAGAUACCAUAGAUUUAAUUAUACAUUUAUGUCUGACACACAGGCUAGGCAUCCGGUAACCGGACGGCUUCAAACUUCAUUUUUUAGGCGUUUGCAUUUUAGGCGACAUCAUGUAGAACGAUGAGUUUUAAUUCUUGUAUUGUGAUAUAUGUUUCUACGUUACUAGAAAAUAAUAAAUUUAAAGCAUAUGUAAUAGGACGCCAUUUUAACAGUACACCCAUUUAACUGAUAUUUUCAGCGAUCUAUAUCAACGUAUAACCAUCAAUGAUAAACCAAUAUUAACACAGAUUAUAUGGAAUUAUUUGCUUGAUUACAUUUAUUGAUCGCGGCCGCGAUCAUAUUGAAUAGGUCAAGUAUUUGCACGCUGGGGAAAAUAUUUCAUGAUGGACCUGUCAAUUCUUUACUUUAUGGGUGAAACGGGUCUCAUAAGCGUAAAUACGACUAGCUUCUACUGAUUAUAAAAACAUACCGUACGAUUUGUUGUGAAUUAACUGUUGUUGUACUUUUAGUAGUUCAACCGCCACCCUUGUUUAAGAGCAACAUUUAAAAACACGUUUUUUUCAUCCUUAAGUAAUAAGUAAGUAGACUUGCCCAGUUUAAUCAAUCUAGACGCAUAAUUUAACUAUACGAGCGUCUAUUUCACCCGAUUUACAUUCGGAACAUUUUCACGCGUUUCGGGCUUUAUCGUAUGUUUAACAUGGGAUUUUUGAACCGUUCAAAGAUGUUGGAAAUGUUUGUCUCAUUGUUUAUUUUUUUUAAUAAAACUGUUACUGCUUUCAUUGUUUACCACUUUUUUCCACCCUUGCCCGAAAAAACAGUAAUGAGUUUGUACACUGUUCAGACAACUGUGCUCUGUUGAAAUUUAACCAAACACAAGUUUACCUGCAUAAAUAGAAAGCAUGAUAUGUCACCAUGCUCGGAUCCAGAGUGGGGGAACCGGGGGUCCGGACACCCUCUGGAAAAUCUUUUAAAAAGGAAAGAAGACAAGAAGGAAAGAAAAUGUUUUUCGAAAAAGGCAACAUUAGGACUGCAUGUAAAGUAUAUGCGGCUGCUGCUACAUAUGACCCCGACAUAAUUCAUAUUAUUUAUCUAAAAGAAACUAAGAAUUUUACCUUCAAGAAAGCUUGAUUUUAUCAUUUUCCCAAAUUUAACAGGUUAGUCCAUAAAACUGCCCCAGAAUGCAAAAAAUGAACUGCUAAAUUUCAAAAUGUCCAGGGGCGGGGUGGGGGGGGGGGGGGGGAAGGGGAUCGGCCCCCCUCUGAGAAAAUUGGCUGUGUCCGUGCAUGGUCACUAUACCUGUCCAGUACUGGACAUUACGGUAAACGCUUCUUUCCUGCACAAAUGACAAUUUCGCAACUUCUGUCAGGUUUGUACAAAUUUCUGGCCGCGAUAAACCAUUUGACUUGUAUCAAUAUUAUGAAAAUGAUUAAAAAUGCAUUAUUGUCGGAUAUGCAGCGCACUCAUGCAAAAAAUAUCGUAUGUACUGACAGUAUAGGUCGUGCAUAUUUUACCUUUAAAAGUGAUGGUGUUUUAUUGGAGGAGUAGUCGUAGGAAGUGCUCGAAUCGAAUACAUUGCGGACAGCCAAAGUAAACUAUUUCGUCCAGUAAUGAUGCAGCCGACUCCAAGUCACAUAAAAUUCCAGAAAAUCUUAACGUAGAUCUAUCUCCUUCAAGUUUAAAUGUGACUUGCUAAAAAUGUUGUUAUACUUUUUGUGCUCCAUCCCGAAUUUCACGUAGUAAGACCAGAGUUAUGGCCCUUGGCAAUCAAAAUGUACAUAAGGGUCUAAACAUUUGAGGCGCGUGUACCUCAAAAGUAUUUGCGCCAAGAGUCAUGAAACUAUACAAGAAUUAAACUCAGCAGGCGAAGUUGUGCACCAGUGCUUUUAUUUGAGGUUUCACUCGGUAAAAACAGAUUUAUGUCCCUUGACGUGGUCAAAUAUAUACGUAAAUGGCAUUGGAAAGCUUGUAUAGUACGUAUCUCAAAAAGUAUUUGACCUAGAGGCAUGUAACCUUAAAGGAGCAUUAUUCCGCAUGUGAGUAAGAAAACUGGUUAUGAAACUGAUUAUAACAUUGUGCAAUUUGUUGUGUAAGAAAAAAAUGUUCAUAAAUUUUAGGUGGGUGGGGUAAUGAAAAAAUACUUUUGUGGGUGGAGUGAAUAUUUUUUAAUUUUUCUUGAAAAUAAGCACGGGUUGAUAUUAUUUUUUUGGUUUAGAAUUUUAUGUCUUAGUUCUAGCUUACAUAAUAUAAAAGUUGGUAAAAUUCUGUCCGCUAGAUUUUUCAUAUCAUUAAGAAAUACUUCUUGUUUUUCUCAGUUUCAGAUACUUUCGACAUCUGUCAAGAGUAAUUUUUCUGAGUUAAUAUAUCUAUAUGUUGACAUUUUAUGCAUCUUAUAGUGGGUUCAUUAAUUGUGACGCAUAAACAGUAACAUCUGAGUGAAAUUUUAAGUAAAUAGUUGUUUGCAGUAGUUUUAUUAUGACAUGUAUGUAUUGUUUCUUCAGACAAAAAUACCGAUUUGGUGUUCUUGAUAAACUUUGAAUAUUAAAAAAAAAAAGCACGGGUACCUAUCAUUUUUAUUUUUUAUUUUAACUUGUCAUACAUCAUUCUAUAAAUAUGCAAAGUUAUAGACAAUUCUGUCCGCUAGAAAUAAUUGUGAAAAACAUCUUUAAUUCAAUCAGAAUCUUAUAUAUAUAUUUCAGAAUCAAAAUGCAAAAAAAAAAUAUAUAUAUAUAUAUAUAAUCCCGUACUUAUUUGUUUCAGGAUUGACAGGAUAUACCCACUCGUUACUUAAUGGUGCAAAUGUUUGUCAAACGAACCCGAUUGCUAUUGCUUCUUAUUGCCAGUACUAUAUUUGGAAUGUCCGUCAUGUAUUCUUCAAAGCGAUUGCCAAUUUCGUUAAAUAAACACAAAUAUGCAGUCGACAGAACUACGUUACCCUUCAACUAUAACAACAAUCUAGAAUGGAAUAGACUAGUGGAUAUGAUUGAAAUUAAAGGAAAAUCUCAGAACAGUUUCCAAAGCAAACGUUUUCUGCAGAUACUAUUCAUAAACAAACCAUUUUGGAUCGACAUUGCAAGAGGAAAUGAGUACAUAAGAAACAAUUGUCAUUUAAAAAACUGUGUUUUGACAAACAAAAUCACAAAUAUAUCUCAGAUGUCAGCAGUCGUCUUCAGUACGACAAACAAAGUCAGAUAUGAUAGCUCAUAUUUGAAAGGCAAACGUCCUUAUUCACAAGUCUGGGUCUUUAUUACUAUGGAGCCUCCGGAAGCUGUACCAUCGUCACGUCGGUGGUACAGAGACCCAAUUUGGAAAAAAACCAUGAACUGGUCGUGGGGAUAUAGACUAGACUCGGACAUAUUUCGGCCUAUUCAGGUAUUAACUACAAGACAUGUUUUACCUAUCCGUGGUUACGAUGCUAUUUUUAAACGAAAAAAUAAAUUUGCAGCUUGGGUUGUGAGUCACUGUCAUGCUAUGAGCCUUCGAGAUGAAUAUGUGAAUGCACUUAUUCGGGAAGGUGUACAGGUUGAUAUAUUUGGUAAAUGUUCAAAGAACAAAACGAUUGUUAGUCGGAAAGUGGCCCAUCAACAAAUAAAUGAUGACUAUAAAUUUUAUUUGUCCUUCGAAAACAAUUUUUGUAAAGAUUACGUUACAGAAAAAUUUUAUACUUAUUUAGGUUUGGACACCAUUUUAGUAGUUAGAGGUGGACUUAAUUAUUCGGAGCAUUUUGAUCAGGACGCGUUUAUUGAUACUUCGUCAUUUUCAACAGUUAAAGCAUUAGCAAGCUACAUGUUAAGGGUCAGUCAGGACAUAAAACUAUACACCAGGUAUUUACAAAAAAAAGACAUGUAUAAAAUUGCAGACUCAUAUUACAGCAUGUAUGAAUCUGAAUGUAGACUGUGUGACAUGAUAUAUAACCAAGAACGGUAUCAAAAGACAUAUGAAGACAUUACAACAUACAUACAUAACGGAACAUGUUUUAAUCCAGAUAAAAUAGUCUAAUUCAUGCAGUAUUGUUCACUUAUGAAACUCCCUUCAGAAACAACGAAAACAUGUACAGUUUAUACAUAUAUGUAUUUUUUAUCUGCAGAUGACUUUAAACCUCGCUCUUAGUUACUUUAUUUACAUUUACCCUAAAAACUACUCUUUUCGUUACUUUUAUAUAUACUCUGUUGCAAAAGAAAGUGUGCACUUAGGUUUCGUCAAUUUAUGUAUAUUGUUUUGUCCAAAAGCAUUUUAUUUUUGGUACCAAAAUUUAGGGCAGUUUAUGACCAAUUUGAUAUGCAUUGGUUGUUCUCAAAAUUUCUUCAUUUAAGAGGAAUCUUAGCUAUUCAAAGACAACAAGGGUUAAAAACAAAAGUUGCAAAUCUCUCUCUUAUCAGAUUUUCUAAAAAUUACUGCCGAAUUUGUUUUCACUUCUCAGAGACAUUUUUGUUUCAAUAUCGUGUGUGACCACCUCUACUAUUGAAGUAUUAAUGCAGUCGCGCAUGGACCUAACGUAACGUCGAAUGACGUCAUGGGGAAGGUUAUUCCAUUCUUGGGUAAAAGCGAUUUGAAGAUUAUUCAGGUUGUCUAUACCGCCUCUCGACCUGUCCCUUCGACCAAUCUCGUCCCGAAUAUGCUCAAUAGGAUUCAUAUCUGAUGAGAGGGCAGGCCGGGACAACAUGUUGACGUAAGUGACGGUGUCACCACGAGGAAGCAUUGUCAAUGCUUCGAUUAGCCGAUCUUCACUUUGUCGUGACAUUUUAUUACAGCACAGAACUGAAAUCUAAUGUGUUUUUCCUUUGAACCAAAGGCAUAAGGAAAGUGACAAAACACGUUUUUAUACACAUGUACACUUUCCAUGGACAGCACACGCAAAUUUUGCAAAAGGACGCUAUCGCUGGUAACCUUAAAUAUACCAUGUUUUUAUCGUAUUAUUUUCAAAAAAUUGCUUCUAGCUUUGAGAAUAGUAUGUUAAAACUGGAGAUAUUCAAAUUUAAAAAAUGCACACUUUUUUUUUGCAACAGAGAAUAUUUUCCUAAUAUUUUCGAAACGUUCCACACACUUGCCUUUGAAAUUUCCUUAUUUCUGGCACACAGUUAUGAAUAUUAUCGCAUUCCUACACCUAACGUGGUUCAUUUCUAAAUGAACAUCGUUAGAAAGUAAGAAGCUCCUACAUAUGCCUCUUGAAUGGUUAGUGUUUAAACAUAACACUUGCUUUCGUACAAUGUUGUUUCGUUUCCUUUUGCAUCGUGCCAUGUUUGAGGCUGGACAUACUAACUUUAUUUUUUCCUGAUAUGCAUGUCGCAUAUUGUGUUUGCGCAACUAAUGUACCAAAAUAUAUUGAUCUUCUAUAAUAUUGAUAUUACAGAUGAUGUUACAAGUUAUAAGUGGCAUAAUGUAUACUCAAGAAUAACAAGAAACUAAAAACAAACUGACUUCUGUGAACAGAGAACAUAUUUUACCAAGUGCAAUAUUUUUGGCAUAAACUGCUGUCUCUCAGGAAGCGAGAACGUGCCGUCUUUUAAUCCUGAAAAAAAAAAUGAAUUGAAUAACAGCCUAUUAAAUCAUACAUUAAAAUGACUUCAAAUUCAGUAUCCUUCCAUUAAAGGAUUCGCUUUUCUUAACAUCCUAGUAUGAUGCCUGUAAGGAUUUACACAACAUAAAACAACAAGAAUCAGCAGAUAUAUACCCAUAAAAACUUUUCUGAACACCGUUUCUUUAAUAGUUUAUAUAUACUAAUUCUCGACAACUCAACAGAUAAAAAAAAACAUGUGUUUGGGUUUAAUUUUCAACCCUCUUAAAUGUUUAACAUGUCAUUAUAUUAAUUAAUAUGAAACAACAAAGAAAUUUAAAUAGAAAGCGUUAACAAGCAUAACUAAUUAUGAUGCCUUGUUCUCAUUAUUUGA